GUGCCCAACCCUGAUAUUCUGCGAAUGUUUUCAAAAUUAAAAAUAAAAAAAAAGUGAAAAUAUCAUUUUAAUUUGUGAAGUGUUAUUAUGCUUUGUAUCAUUUCGAGAGUCAACCCAAAAAGUUCUUUUCGACGCUUUACAUUUUACCGGCAAAAUUCAUUAGCAAAUAAUUAUAUUCAAACUGCGCAGAUUCAAUUGAACGAAAAUAUAUUUGGCAAAUACAAUUUCUAUAACAAUCGAUUAUUACCGAGCACAAUGGCCUUUUCAUCUUCAUCUGGAUUAUCAUCCAGUAGUAGUCUUAAAAAGAAUUAUGAAAAUCGUUUAGCAAAUGAGAAGUCACCUUAUCUUCUUCAACAUGCUCAUAAUCCAGUGAACUGGUACCCUUGGGGUGAAGAAGCAAUUGCAUUAGCUAAAAAAGAAAACAAACUUAUUUUCCUUUCCAUCGGUUACUCAACAUGCCAUUGGUGUCAUGUGAUGGAAAAAGAGUCAUUUGAAGAUGAAGAAACAGCAAAAAUCAUGAAUGAAAAAUUUAUAAACAUCAAAGUGGAUCGUGAAGAACGUCCGGAAAUCGAUAAGAUUUACAUGACAUUCAUUGUUUUAAUUAACGGUUCCGGUGGAUGGCCAUUAUCAAUAUUUCUAACUCCAGAUCUCGCUCCAGUUACCGGAGGCACAUAUUUUCCACCCACUGAUCGUUGGGGAAUGCCCGGCUUCAAAACGAUCCUACACAAAGUGGCACUUAAAUGGGAAACGUCAAGUGAUGAUCUCAAAGAGACUGGAUUGUCAGUAAUCGAAGCAAUACAAAAAAGUGCUUCACAAAGACGUGUUGAUGGUGACACUGACGAUAAUCCAAUGACAGUCGAAGAGAAGUUUCGUCAAGCUAUUAAGAUUUAUAAGCGUGCUUACGAUCCCAAAUGGGGAGGCACUAACGGUGCUCCAAAGUUUCCAGAAAUAUCAAAAUUAAACUUCCUUUUUCAUGCUUUUGUUCAAACAAAAGAUAAAGAAAUGUUAAAGCUUGCUUUAAUUACACUUGAUAAGAUUGCUGAUGGUGGAAUUCAUGACCAUGUAUUUGGUGGUUUUGCAAGAUAUUCUGUUGAUAAGAAAUGGCACAUACCGCAUUUCGAGAAAAUGUUAUACGAUCAAGGUCAACUGAUGAUGUCAUAUUCGAAUGCUUAUAAGAUAACAAGAGAUACAAAGUAUCUUGAAAUUGCUGAUAAGAUAUUUAAAUAUGUCACGAAAGAUUUAUAUCAUCCAGCUGGCGGUUUCUACAGUGGUGAAGAUGCCGAUUCAUACCCAACAGCUGAAUCAAAGGAUAAGAUUGAAGGUGCUUUCUAUGCUUGGGAUUACGUAGAAAUUGAACAACUUUUCAAGAAUAAUCAAAAUAAAUUUACAGUACAAAAUGCGUUUGAUAUUUAUUGCUUCCAUUAUGAUAUUAAAGAGAAUGGAAAUGUGGAAGCGUCUUCGGAUCCACAUGGACAUUUAUUGAAUAAAAACAUUCACUUUGUAAAGAAAUCACUUGCAGAGACUGCAGAGAUGUUUGGCACAAAUUCAGAAAGUGUUGCGUCGAUAUUGAAAACUGGAAAUGAAAUUUUACAUGAAGUCAGAGAGAAACGUCCACGACCUCAUCUUGAUAACAAGAUAAUCACUGGUUGGAAUGGUUUAAUGUUGUCAGGAAUAAGUAAAUUAGCUUGUAGUGGUGAUGCUCCGAAUCGAGAAGAAUAUUUGAGAGUUGCUAAGAAGCAAAUUGAAUUUCUCAGGGAAAAUUCUUUUGAUGUUAAUGAAAGAAAACUUCUUCGAGCUUGUUAUGGCGAAGGUGAAAACAUUUCACGAGGAUCGAAACCAAUUUAUGGCUUCCUUGAUGAUUAUUCCUUCCUCAUCAAAGGUUUAAUUGAUUAUUACGUUGCAAGUCUCGACAUGACGAUGCUUUAUUGGGCAAAAGAAUUGCAAGAGCUUCAAGAUGAAUAUUUCUGGGAUUCAAGGAAUGGCGGAUAUUUCUACUCCGAGGCAUCACAAUCAGACGUUGUCGUUAGAAUGAAAGAAGAUCACGAUGGAGCUGAACCAGCAGGAAAUUCUGCAGCGGCACAAAAUUUGAUUCUACUUGGCGCUUACUUCGAAGAUCAAAACUUCAAAUCAAAAGCACAAAGUCUCACUCAAUUCUUCUCAAAUGUUUCUCCAAUGGGUUAUGUGCUGCCAGAAAUGCUUUCAGCAUUAACACUCGAUGAUGCUGGUCUUCAUAUGCUAGUCGUUGUUGGACCUGACGAUGAAAACACUCGAAGUUUCAUUGAAAUUGCCAGCGAUUAUUACGUUCCUGGCCUCAUCUCAAUUCUAUUAAUCGUUGAUAAGCCACAUGAAGUCACACGACAGUCAGUCAGCCAAUUCAAAAUGGUUCGCAAUCUUCCAACAGCUUAUUGCUGCCACAACAAGCAAUGUGCGUUACCAAUCACCGAUCCGAAAUUAUUGUCAGAAGAAUUUGCAUCAAAAUAUUUAUCUAGCAGAAUAUAAAAGUUUAAUUCGUUCUAUUUUCGCUUUAUGUGAUAUCUUAAAUGUAAAUAUUUGUUACUUUUGUUGAAUAAAUCUAUUUUCCUUGUUUUUUUGAUCAAAAAAA